AUGGACUCGGACGACGACAUGAUGUCCGCAGCCAGCGGGGACGAGAUGGACUUCGACGAUGGUACUCAAGCCAGCGACCUAGGAAGUGACUUUGGCGAGCAAGAUGCUGGCUUUGGCUACGAGAAAGAAAUCUUGACUAAUCCUCAGAAACCCUAUGAAGUCGAAUUCAAGACCCUCACUCCAGAAGACAUCAACUCACAGCAAAACGAACAAUUCCAAGAAGUAUCCAACAUCGUCGAGCUGCCCCCAGAACAGACUGCUAUUCUUCUCCGAUUCAUGCGGUGGAAUCAAGAGAAGCUGAUUGAAUCAUACAUGGACAACCAGAAGAAGGUGCUUGAAGAAGCCGGUUUAGGUCCAACCUUUUCCGAAUCUCCCAAAACAGUGGCCGUACCCGGUUUCGUGUGUGAUAUAUGUUUCGAAGACGAGCCUGGUUUGCAGACAUAUGCACUCAAAUGCGGCCACCGCUUUUGUGCUGGAUGUUACACAAGCUACUUGACUGGGAAAGUCAAAGAAGAGGGUGAAGCAGCACGUAUACAGUGCCCACAGGACGGGUGCCAUCGAAUAGUUGACGCAAAGACUCUGAGGAUGCUAUGCGAUGACGAGGUGCAGGCUCGAUAUAACGUCCUUUUGACACGAACCUAUGUCGACGACAAGGACAAUCUCAAGUGGUGUCCUGGUGCCGAUUGUGAAUAUGCCAUCGAGUGCGCCGUCAAGAAGCGAGACCUUAUGAGAGUCGUCCCGACAGUCAGGUGUCGCAACGACCAUGCAUUCUGCUUCGGCUGCACAUUGAGUGAUCACCAGCCCGCACCCUGCUCGCUUGUCAAGAAAUGGCUCAAAAAGUGUGAAGAUGACUCAGAAACCUCGAAUUGGAUCUCGGCCAACACCAAAGAGUGCCCAAAAUGUAACUCAACAAUAGAAAAAAAUGGUGGCUGCAACCAUAUGACUUGCCGAAAAUGCAAGCACGAGUUUUGCUGGAUGUGCAUGGGCCCUUGGUCAGAGCAUGGGACUAGUUGGUACAAUUGCAACCGAUUCGAGGAGAAAUCUGGGUCAGAAGCUCGUGAUGCUCAGGCCAAAUCCAGACACUCAUUGGAAAGAUAUCUGCACUACUACAAUCGCUAUGCCAACCAUGAACAAUCGGCCAAGUUGGAUAAGGACCUCUACUUGAAGACCGAGAAGAAGAUGCAGAGUUUGCAAACACAAUCUAACAUGUCGUGGAUCGAAGUCCAGUUUCUCGAUUCAGCCUCUAAAGCUCUCCAGGCAUGUCGCCAAACUCUCAAAUGGACAUAUGCUUUUGCUUUUUAUCUGGAACGCAACAACAUGACGGUAAUCUUCGAGGAGAACCAGAAAGAUCUUGAGAUGGCUGUGGAAGCAUUGAGUGGCAUGUUCGAAAAACCAGUCGCGGAACUUGCAGGCUUGAAGGUGGAUAUUCUAGACAAGACAACAUACUGCUUGCGAAGACGUGAAAUCCUGCUGAUUGACACGGCAGAGAAUCUCAAGAAAGAGAAUUGGGUUUUCAGUGCGGAAUUGUGA